AUGGAGAGAGAAGAGAAACAACAGGAAGUAGUCGGAGUCGUGGAGGAUAGCGAUGGUGAGCUUUUAUUUACUAAUAUCAUUGUUAAUACUAAUGCACUUGCUAUCUCUUCCAAGGUGGACUACGGCAACAAAGUUAUGAUGGGGGAAGACUCGGUUUGUAGAAUCGAAGGAACGGUUACAAUCAAUGUGAAGAUGCAUGAUGGCAUGGCCAAGGGAGGUAAGCUCAUGCUCUCAAAGGGUUCACAAGUGGUUAUGAAGGGAGAGAUUCAACCUAACUGCAUGUAUCGACUAUGUGGUACAAUGGUGACUGGUGGAGCAACUAUAUCUACCAAUAAGGACUCAGAUGCCUAUGCUUUCAUACCUAGUGAUGAGAAAACCAAGUUGAAACCAAAGUUUCUUGAGUGCAAAUUCCUUGGCUUUGAGAGCAGUGUGAAAUGUUUCAAGUUAUGGGAUCCAGUGAACCGGAAGAAAAUACUCAAUAUCGAUGAUGUGCUUGAUGAGAAGACCAUGCCUAUGAUUAAAGUCAAGAAACUGAAGACGAAUGAGGAUUUUGUUGGAACAAAGACAACCGUUAUAAUUUCACCAAGUAGGGUGUUCGAGAAUACUCCAAGUAUGCAACCAAUUGAAGAUGUUCAUGAGGUGGUGGAGUCCGAUAUUGGGGUGGAAGAAUUUAGGCAACAACAACAAACUCAAGAUGAAGAAGAAGAAGAAGAGGCUUAG